GCAGAGUUUGAGCGAGUAGCAGAUGAUGUGAAGAAGGUGAAGUCCAGACCUUCAGACCAGGAGCUGCUGGACGUGUAUGGUCUGUAUAAGCAGGCCAUAUUUGGAGACAUCAACAUUGGUACGGAAUUUUCUUUGUGCCAAUUAAAACAUGCUAAUUUAAAUACAUAACCGUACAGAACAUAUACAAGCUAAGUGACCAUUAAAAUGAUAUGGAGAGAAUAACAAUGAUUUCAGCAAAUUCUGGGUGGAUAUGAUGCUCAUCUCCCGGAUAUCAGAUAACUGCUUUCCAAAAUGGCCAUAUCAGAUACCCACACUGGUACUGGUAGGCCAAUAGAACUUAAAGCCUGACCUUCAAUCUUUCCUGGUUCCUCUCAAGUUCUCUUAGUCUUUUUCUUUGAACUUUGAACUUACCAGUCCCCACUGAUGUCCUAAAUACUGUCUUCUCUUGUUCUCCACAGACAAACCAGGCAUGUUAGACAUGAAAGGAAAAGCCAAGUGGGAGGCCUGGGAUUCUAGGAAA